AUGGGUACGUUCACCGUCACGUAUUUUCUGAAGAACGCUUUCUGGGACAAGAGAGGACUGUGGACCGCCACUCUGGCCGUCGCCUACUUUGCCCGUUGCUGGGAAAAUGCCGGAUAUCACAAGGCCGAGAUGAUGAAGGUGAGAUUUUCGGUUGUGACCGCAAAAAAAAUGCAUUUCAUAAUGUAUUUGACGAAUAAAUGUGAAACUCUUCAGUUUUAUCGAAAAGUUCCUAAAUAAAUCUCAAAACUGUUAUUUUUCAGGGCCACUCGCGCAUGUACGCCGACAGAGCCAAGGCACUGCCACCACAAGCCGAUUUGUGGAAGUAUUGA